ACUGACUGAGGCGCUCUGUUUCAGCUAAAGCUCAGAGAGCAGAGCUGGUGAGGAUCGUAAACAAAGAGAGGGAGCGAAAGAGGCGGUAUCCUUCGCUCGUGUGCCUAAUCGGCUUCCUCUCAGCUCCUCCUGCUGCCGUGCUGAGCUGUGAGCAGGCCCUGGCCCUCCCUCAGUCCAGAUAAAUUACCAGCAGUGGCCAAAGAGGAAAAAAUCAGUGCUGCUCUCAGUCUCGACGCGUUUAUGAGGAGAUUUCCUACAGAGAGAAAGACGAGGAGGAAAAGCGCUCGAAGAUGCUGGGCAGUGAAAAGAAGAGCAAACCUGCAGAAAAGAAGAAGAACGGAGCUGGGAUGUCCCAACACAAGACAGACGACCCCCUGGUUAAUUUAGGUGUGCAGGAUGAUGAAGAUGUGAAGAUGAUGCUGCAGGGCUCUACCAUGCUGAAGGUUCGUUCUCCUCACUGGCAGAGGAGGCGCACACUGAAGCUGCUGGAUGAUGGGGUCACUGUGCACUGCGAGUCCAACAAGAGCUUCAGCAAGCCCAAAACUUUCUCAGUGAUGGAGGUGGAGUGUGUGCGUGAGGGCUGUCAGUCAGAGACACUGCGCAGGCUCGCCAGCUCUCUGCCAGAGGAGCAGUGUCUGACCAUUGUGUUUAAGGGUGGGCGGAAGAGUUUGGACCUGCAGUGCCACAGCAGGGAGGAAGUGCAGCACUGGGCCCGCGGCAUCCGCACCCUGCAAGAGAGAGUCAACAACAUGAGCCAGACUGAAAAACUUGACCACUGGAUCCAUGCAUACCUGAGACAAGCAGACUUGAACCAUGAUGGGAAGAUGACGUAUGAUGAAGUGCAGACGUUGCUUCAGAUGAUCAAUAUAGACCUGAAUGAGCAGUAUGCCUUCAGCCUGUUCAAGAAGUGUGACCAGUCAGCGAACGGCCGCCUGGAAUACGGAGAGAUCGAGCUGUUUUGUCGUGAGCUGUUGCGUCGUCCUGAGCUGGAUGCGGUUUUCCGUCAGUACUCCUCUAACAGCCGUGUGCUGUCCACUGUGGACCUGCGGGACUUCCUGAAUGACCAGGGAGAGGACAACACACUUGUACACGCACAGAGCCUCAUCCUAACAUAUGAGCUCAACGAUUGGGCUAAGAAGAACCAGCUGAUGACAGCCAACGGCUUCACCAUGUACAUGCUGUCAAAGGAGAAUGACGUGUUUGAUCCAGAGCACGGCCGAGUCUAUCAGGACAUGAGCCGACCGCUCAGUAACUAUUUCAUCUCCUCUUCACACAACACCUACCUUACUAAAGACCAGCUUGUGGGUGAGAGCAGCACGGAUCCAUACAUCCGGGCUCUUAGCCACGGCUGCCGCUGUGUUGAGCUGGAUUGUUGGGACGGAGAUAAGGAGCCAUUGAUUUACCAUGGACACACCCUCACCUCCAAAGUGCCUUUCAGAGAGGUGGUUGAGACCAUUGCUGAAUAUGCCUUUAAGGCCUCUCCAUAUCCUCUGAUUCUCUCUCUGGAGAACCACUGUUCAGUGGAGCAGCAGACCAUCAUGGCCAGGCAGCUGCGCUCCAUCCUGGGAGACAAACUGCUCACAAAGCCCCUCAAUGACCAGCUCUCUGAGAGCCUGCCCUCACCCGAGGAGCUGAAAGGGAAGAUUCUGGUGAAGGGAAAAAAGGAGCGAGUGGAGCAGGAAAGCUCCAGCUCAUCUGAGUCCAGCUGCUCUGAGGAUGAAUCUAAAGCUGAGGGUAAAGCCAAGGGAAAGAAAGAAGGCAAGAAGUGUACGUGUGCUUCUACUCUGAAGGUGUCUAAGCUGAGUCCAGAGCUUUCUGAUCUGGUGGUGUACACACGCAGUGUCCCGUUCAAGGGCUUCGAUCAGGCAGCCAAAAAACUCCCCAAUGAGAUGUCCUCCUUCUCUGAGAGUGAGGCCCUCAAACACAUCAAAAACUCAGGAAAGUUCUUUGUACGGCAUAACAGUCGGCAGCUGAGUAGGAUCUACCCAUCUGGUCAACGCUUGCAGUCGUCCAACUACAACCCUCAGGACAUGUGGAAUGCCGGUUGCCAGAUUGUGGCUCUGAACUUCCAGACUGACGGGGAACAGAUGGAUCUAAAUCGGGGACGUUUCUUACCCAAUGGUCACUGUGGUUAUGUGUUAAAGCCCAGCUUCCUGUGCCAGCCAGACUCCGAGUUCAACCCUGAGAACACAGGUGGAGGACCAGGACACAACCCCACUCUCCUCACCAUUAAGGUCAUCUCAGCCCAGCAGCUGCCUAAGCCAGACACAGAGAAGCUGAACUCCAUUGUAGAUCCUAUGGUGUGGGUGGAGACCCAUGGGGCUCCCAUAGACAACAACAAGAAAAAGACACACCGAAUCGACAAUAAUGGCUUUAACCCCAGGUGGGACUGCACCUUUAAGUUUCUGCUGCAUGUGCCUGAGCUGGUCCUGAUUCGCUUUGUGGUGGAGGACCAUGACUACACUGCCAGGAACGAAUUCCUGGGCCAGUUUACACUGCCUUUCACCAGCAUUCGCACAGGUUACAGACAUGUGCGGCUACUGAAGGCUGACGGUUCCAGCCUCUCUCCUGCCAGCCUCUUCAUUCAUGUGAAAGUCACACCUAAUUACGGCAGCCCCAAGCAUGCCGCAUCACCCAAAGCCUAGCAGAACACGAGAAGUACAGCUGUGAUGCUCCUUGAUGUCUGAACAGGUUACAGUGGUUUUCGCUGAUUUACUGUAACUAUUUCCUUAUAAUGUGUAACAUGUAGAUCUUUGUUCAGACUUUAAUGAUCACUCAGUGAGAAAGCAAAUAUGACAAACUUCAGAGAAUAUCAGUUUUGUCUUAGUAAAGCUUAGCAAAGGCUUUUUCAGGUUCUAGCAUGCAUCAGAGGUUUUGCAUGCCUGUAUGAAGGAACUUAAAACAGGUCAAAGUAUUUAUAAUAUAAUCAUGUAAUGUGUCUUUAAAAUGACAAAGCAAUACAGUAGACUGGCUUUUAGAUUUUAGGUUUUUACUUAUAAUGUAGCAUCUUUCAAAUGUAGCUUAUACUAACAAUCAUCGUAUUACUCUGUUAGACUUCUUUUCCUAUGCAGCUGAAGAAUUCCGUUGUUAAAGUGAUUUGUUCUGCCAAAAUCAAAUUUACAGUUUUCCUCUCGUGUCCAAAUGUAGCUCAUUAGCCAAAACAUGUUUGAUGUCCAAAGUUUGCUUCUUUAGUUUUGCACUGGUGUUACCUAGUAGCAAACAAGAAAUGGAAGCUUAUGGUCAUAGUUAACAUAGUACAAUCUACAUGCCUAAAUAAUCACACACUCGUCUGAAACCAUUUUAAGUUGUUAAGCAGUCAGACUCAAACAGACUUGCUUAUGUGAGUUCUGACUCUGUAAACUUGCUUUUAUCUAUGAAAAUUGAAAAAAGUACAGACAACAUGCAGGCUUCAAAAAGGCUGCUACUACUUUUUAGCUAUGCAACGUAAAACUGUAAAUUUUGGGUGGAAAAUUGUGUACAUUAGAUUUUUUAUUUGGACUGUCUGUCACUUGAUACUGUGCUUUAACUGUGUUAGAAAAAGCAGGGAUCACACAGUCCAGUUCACUUUUAGCGAACAUGCUUGCACUCCUUGGUUGCAGUUUGGCUUUCAAAAGUAUGAACUGUAAUAUGUGGUCGAUGGUUAUUAUAAACGAAAGCAAUUUUUAUAUACACUAAAUUGCAUUUGAAUUGCAUUUGAAUGGCCGACAAAGUCAUAUGAUAGUGAAAAAAUUUACCUGAUGCAUUUUCUAUCCGUAUGUUUUUUAAUACAGCACAGAAAAGGCAAGGUAUGUUUUCUCUGGACCUCCAUACUUUCUUUUUUCCAUAUGGUGGGUGCAGCUGUAAAUAAACACUCAAGCAGUGUUUCUUUGUUUUUACUAGUUCACCAUCUAGUAUGUACAACCUUCCCUAACACACCAUUAUUCUUUUCAAUUGUGUUGGAUGGGUAGGUGGUGCAGGCUAAAAGAAACUGAGUAGUUCAUGAGUGCAUGUGAUAGAGAGAGAGCCUGCAGGGUAACUGCUGGCCUAAUGCCUCCUCUAAUAACAAAUAACCUACCAAAUGAGAGGAGGGAAGCAAAUGGCUUCGUGGAAAAGAGGAAUAUGAGCUCCUUAUUCCUUUUUAAGUUUGUGUCUGUUUUUCUGAUAUACUGAUUUUUGGUCAGCGUCAAAAUGUAGGUUUCAGUCAUUUCUCCCUGUCCAAAAUGCAACCUUAGAACUGUAAGAAAAUGAAUCUGGUGAUUUCCUGCAUUUCUUAAUAAAUGGUUACAUUUUGAAGCACAAAUUUGGGGACUCUCAUAAAUAGAUGGGUCCAAAUGUUACACAGCUUAACAAAGUACUUCAGAAUUUAACUGUAGCUCUGUAGGAACAAUUACCUCCUAAUACAGCUGCAGUGACAUAUUUACUACUUAAGUUAAGGAAGGGAAACUGACUGAAAUUCACCUGCAAUGAAGACCAGAAUUAAAAGACCAAGACGUGUGUUGGAUAAAGACAAAAAGGUCGACAUAUAUUAUCAAAUACCUGUUAAAAUGUUUGGCUGAAAUGAAGCUCUUAUUAAUCAACAUAAUCACUGUAUUAGCAUGGUAACUUGCACUUAGACAGAAGGCUGUCCAUUGAAGGAAGAUUUAAACACAUCUUAUUGAACGAUUACAUCUUUUGGUUUAUAUAACCAACUGGGAAAUUCCAUUUUGUUAAAUACCUCCAAAACAUUGUCAGUGUAACAGGACUGAAGUGCCUCAAUUUUGCAUUCAUGACUGUAUGUAACAUGUAUUUUCAAUCUACAGUAAAUAACCAGACUAUCAUAGGAAGGCAUUGUUAUGAAAAUUUAACAAAUAGUUGCCAACAUUCACACAUUCCAUACAGACAUGUUCUGUUAUGAAUCUAGAAAGGCAAUUAAGUAGUAAUGGUAGUAAUUAUGGUUUGGUAACUACAGAACUAUAGAAAUUUUGUAGCUCAGGUCCUGUUUACAUAGAAAUAAACUCACUUUUACCAUCACUAUGCAACUGCUGCAUAUAAGCAUAUAGUUAUUACCAGGGUGAAGUCACAAGUCAGUGUGGCAGAUGGUUGUACUGUUAUUUUUAUUAUGUGUUUUUUUUCCAAGUUUAGAUUUUAAUGCAGGUUAUACAGGCUAUUCUUCUUAUGAUGUCCUUAUGAUGUUUAUAUUUAUAACGUAUACAGUCUAUAGUGUCAUACUUCUCAGAUAUACUUUGAAAAGUACCAAAAAGUUCACUUUGGCACUUUGAGACAAAAAAAUGAAACUGUGUGUUGUGUAUCAAGUUGCCAUGCCUUGUUUAAAUAAGUCAUGCGUUUGUCUUGAGAAGCACUUUCUUUCUGGAUAUUUUAAAUAACAAAGCCUUGGUGAAAAAUGGAAACAAUUACUUAUUUGCACUGUUAUAAGUCAGUUGAUGAUGUUUGUUAUGUAUAUAACUGUCAGACUGCUUUUAAUAACAGCACGUUACAUGACCUAAGGAAAUCUGUCCUGCAGCCUGUCUGAAAUAAAUCCUGCCUGUAAAACUUC